GGACUAACCGUCUGCGCGAGCGCCGGCUUGCCCUGCUAGAGGAGCACUGGAUGCAGAUCGCCGCCCUGCGCUGUGUCAACCGGCUCUGUCGCGUGGAGCCGAGUUACUGUGCGGAGUUCGCGUCUUUUGGGAUCCAAGUCAGCGAGUCUUUCAACAUGAACCCCAUAACCACGUCGAAUCCAGCAGCAAAUAGCUUCGGUUCGUUUGGCGCCGGACAGCAGCCGCAAAACCUCUACUCGACUGGUCGCGGUGGUGGACUGCAGGGCGCAAACAGCCAGGCCCCCGCUGCAACGGUCUUGUAUGCGGAAGUGCUGUUUUUGCUCGCGACUCUGAUCUCCCGAGCACCCUACGCUACCACGAUUCGGGUGAUGCAGAGACUCAACGCGCAUGCGAAUCAAUGGUAUAAAAAAUUUUGAGCAAUGAAUUACAUACUUCUUUGCAACAGGAGAGCCAACGUGUUUGUUCUAGGUGAACGCGAGGCAGUUGAUGUCAUCGUGCAAUAAACUACAGUACAAAUUUCAGCAACUACACACGAAGCAAGUGUAUUGCACUUCGUAUGCUACAUCCGGAUGAAGGUCGAACGGUCAAGGAUAGCAUUUUCACCUCUGGGUCUGGUGUCCUCACGCAACAAGAUUGCCAAAUGUAUCAAAAAACCAAAUUCAGGUUCAAUUUCGGGUAUCUUUUCGAACUUCUUCCCCAGCAUUUCGAGCACUACGUUCACAUGAAAGCUCGGAAUCCGGACCUGACUAGCGAAGAGUCCC